AUGUUUGCCUCCAUUAUUGAAGUCCCUCCUAUGAUUCACUGCCUCGCAUUGCUGUUGACAGUAGCUCCGGCUGGCAAUAGCUGCCUACCUGGCCCACGGGUUUUCCUGAAAUGGCUAUCCAUUGAUCGGAUAUCCAUUAAAGGUUCCGCGGUUGGAGUGGCAAGAAAGAGUGCCUCCAAGCUUCCCAUGCUAAUAUCCGUUGUCCCUCCACUUGGUGAAGCCGGGCCCGAGAGAAUGGUAUCGUCUGUACUACCAAAUUUGAGACAUACUGAGACUAUUUCCACCGCUACUUCUGCGGUCAAAAAGCAUUUUAAACUCCACUUCAAUUAUACCGUAGGAUGGCUGUCUCCAAAGAAUACUGGAUGA